GAAAAAAAGUGCAUUCUAAGAUAAGAAGCCAACUUCACUGCUCUGGAAUCAAACAAAAUAAUCUUGUUCAUGCACAGUCUCACUCACACCAACCCAGUACUGAAUGAACCUGCAUUUAUUUUAUCCUUGACUUCAUUUUUUAUCCAUUUUCGAUCUUUGUGCAAUUACUUGGCGUGUCCAUCUUCCAAUCUCUAUUACUGAACAUCUUUAUUUUACCAUCAAUUUUCUCAAUAAAGAUAACAGAAUUUUUUUUACACCUAUAACUAUUCUUUACUACUUUUUUCUCCCUCUUUUUCUUCAGAAAUACAAAAUAAAAAUUUUCAAAUGAUAAUCGAUGCCAAAUAACAUUUUUUGGAUCCAUAAUGCUUUAAGAAACAGACUCUAGUAUAAUCUCUGCAAGCCUAACUAGACAUGACACAACUCCACACGAACAUUUCUUACCUCCCACUCCAAUCAAGCAUCACUAGCAAACCCUUUUCACAUGCACAUAAUACAAGCAUUCCUCACUCUCCCCUCAACCCCAAACCCUUUUUUAGCUCAAUAACAAACAUAAACUAACCAUUUCACAAAGCUAAAUGAUGGUAUUCAACAGAAACCUCUUCUGGCUUUCUGCCUCUGUCAUUUUUCUCUUUUCUAUCUCUUUUGUUCUUCAUUCCACUUCACCUUCCCCCAGAGAUAACAUAUCCAUUAGUCCUCAACAUACUUUCAGUUUCCCACUUGGUAUAUUUAGCAAGAUUAUAAAGCUUAGUGGCGUUCAAGACUUGGUAUCUCUGAUAACAAGUAUAACUAGGAGGAGACAUCAUCAUCAUCAUCACCACCACCAUCAUCAUAAGGAAAAAUGUGAAGGGGCCAAGUGGGAUUCCAGGCUUAUUCAAGACUAUAACGUGAGUCUUGUUUUCACGGUUGAUUUGAAGGGUUGUGCUAACUUCAGCAGCGUUCAAAAAGCUGUUGAUGCUGUUCCUGAAUCUUGCUCUGAUACCACCCUUAUCAUAAUCGAUUCUGGUACAUACAGGGAGAAGGUAACAGUGCAAGCCAACAAAACAAACUUAAUAAUUCAAGGUCAAGGGUAUCUGAAUACAAUCAUAGAAUGGAACGACACCGCCAAUUCCACCGGCGGUACUUCCUACAGCUACUCCUUUGCCAUUUUUUCUCCUAAGUUCACUGCUUACAACAUCAGCUUUAAAAACACGGCUCCUCCACCGUUACCAGGAGGUGGGGCACAAGCAGUGGCAUUGAGAGUUACCGGUGAUCAAGCAGCUUUCUAUGGAUGUGGAUUUUAUGGUGCGCAGGAUACACUGAAUGAUGAUGGUGGAAGACAUUAUUUUAAAGAAUGCUUAAUCCAAGGAUCCAUUGAUUUCAUAUUUGGAAAUGGUAGAUCACUUUAUGAGGAUUGUAGCAUAAACUGUGUAGCAAAAGCAGAGAAGGAAGAGAUUAGCGGGUCGAUCACUGCUCAAGGGAGACAAUCGAUGGAUGAAGAAAGUGGUUUUUCGUUUGUGAAUUGUAUCAUCGUUGGGAGUGGAAGAGUGUGGCUUGGAAGAGCUUGGGGACCCUUUGCCACUGUCAUCUUCUCAACGACAUACAUGUCUGAUGUGGUAGCACCAGAAGGAUGGAAUGAUUGGAGAGAUCCCUCGAGAGACCGGAGCGUGUUCUUUGGGGAGUACAGUUGCCAUGGAGCUGGAGCAAAUUAUGCCUCCAGAGUCUCUUAUGCUAAGCAACUCAAGGAUUACGAAGCAAACUCCUACAUGGAUAUUUCCUACAUUGACGGAAAUGAUUGGCUUCUUAAUUAUCGUCGUAGCUAUGUUAAUCCUUCAUAUAUAUCUAAUGCCAAACUAUAAACCUCAACUCAGAUGCAUGAUUAGGGUUUGGGAACAAAACAAGUUUCUUUUCUUUUUUGUUGAUCCAGCCGUUCAUAAUUGAUGAGUAAAUUUUACGUCACUUCAAAUUAAACCAAAGUUGGAAAGGGAAAUAACAAAGUAUUCAACCCGUGUAAAA